AUUCGUUCCGCACCUUGGGGGUGCCAAAACAAUGCCGAGACUUGAACCGACUGAGUUAAUCGCUGUAAAUAUUCUAUUUAGCGCGAACUAUUGAGAACCCUAGUCCUUUAGCUAGCCGAGACAUGGCUGGGAAUACUGUCGCCAGAGAAGAGCUAUUGCGGCGAUGGAGUGUUAUCGAACAAGAAGACGACAUUGAUGGACUUCCUUUCAACCAUUCAACUGAACCCCGUCGUCUCCGCCAACUCAAAGAACAAUGGUUCUCAGAUGCAUUCAACCUCUUGAUACAUUUACCUAAAGAAACUCACGUUUGGUGUGGUUACUGGGAUCUGAUGGGGCCCCUUCUGGAAACAUUCUACAAUUAUUUCAAGGAGGAGUGUGUUGAUUCUCCCCUUAAGAUUUUGUGGAGUAGACUAUCUAAAGAGAUGAGAAGUUGCACCCUGUGCAUUCAUCAGCAUCAUCAAGCUCAGCAGAUGUAUGAUACCGAAUAUGAGCGUAGCUGUAUCAGUCCUCUGCUUGAUGUGCUACAUAUGCUUGAUGAAGCACGAAUAACCCAACACCUGAAGGAUCUUAAUGCUAUAAUAGCACGAGGGGAGUAUGAUACUUCACGUGAUUAUGGAGAAGUUGUUAGUGUCAUGUUUGAGGUUUUGAUGUUUCCUGUCCUGUUGGAUGAUCUAUCGUUGGCCAUGGAAUUUCAAAAUUUUAUUGAAGCUAUUGAUAAUUCUCACGAGUUGAUGUUAGAUGGGCAUCAACAGUAUCCGGGAGUUUAUGCAUUGCUUUUUUUCAAAAGCAGAAGGGUGAGAUCUAUAGGUCUUCGCUUGGCUGGACAUAUGGGUAAAUUGAGGAAAUCUACAGAUCUGGAUCCAUUACAGCACCUGCUCAAAAAAUGGAUAUCUAUAUUAGAACCAGAAGGCAUGCUAUCAGUUACGGAGACACCAAGGCCCAGGGUAAACGUAGAUCGACUAACUGUAUGGCUUGGAAUGAAAGCAUUGGUUGGGUUUCUGGAACCUCCAGCAUUUGAAGAAGGAGUUUUAGAUCGUUAUCCCAUUUUCCUUAGUAUUGUGCUGAACCAUAUUAGUGAUGAUUCACUUGAGUUUUCUCAUGCUGUUAACUGCCUACGACUUCUAUUUGAGAAGCUUGGAUGUAAACUAUGGUUGAGAGCUACACUAUCUCCAAGUGUUAUGAGAAAUACACUUCUGGGUCAAUGUUUCCAUACUCGAAUUGAGAAAAGCCAUAAAGAAAUUUUUGAUCUUUUCCAGCCGUUUCUGCAGUCACUUGAAGCUCUACAAGACGGGGAACAUGAAAAACAGAGAAGACAUUUUCUAUACUUUCUUCUCCAUCAAGUGCCAGUGAGUAGCAAUUUUAGCGUACUGAUGAGGAAAAAGGCAUGCCAGAUAGCUCUUUUUAUUGUUCUUAGAGGCUACAGAAUGGAUCCACCUUGCCCACCUUCUGAAUGUGCACACAUGUGGGGACCUUCUCUUGUGUCUUCUUUGAAGGAUUCGUCUCUGCACAAUUCUCUUCGGCAACCUGCUAUUGAUCUCAUUCAAACAAUUAUAGUGUCUGAUGCUGCAGCAUUGAUCUCUGUAAUCUUGAGAGGUCACUUGCAUCCCGGUGAUAAACCAAUAAAGCCUACUAAUUACCGGGAUGUAGAAGAGGAAGAGAUUCUGUCUCAUCUUGAUGUCAAAGAAAACAACACUUGUUGGAAAGAGUUCAGUCUGCAGUAUAAAAAUGUAUCACAAGUAGAUGGGAGCUGGAUGUGUGUGCCUAUGUUAUGGAUCGAGGUGUUAGUUGAAAUAGAUCCAUUGGUUUUUCCACUGUCCUUCUCCAAAGCUGUAUUUUGGGCAUUGUCUCGAUUUUCAGUUGUUGAACCUGCAAGUAGCACAGAUACUUCUCUUUCGAUUAAAAAUUGGUUUGCAACCCAGGCUUCGGAAAUAUCAUUUCUUUUAGGGUGGAAGGUUCCUUCUGGUUCUGAUGAUGGUGGGGGUGGAACAGAGUUGAGAAACUCUAUUAAAACUUCAACAAUGUGUCUACCAUUAGUUAGGACAUUCAAGAGGCUGACUGCUGACUACGCGGUUAGAAUGGGACAAGGAGAGCUUAGGAAGCAGUGGACCUGGGAGCCAGAGAUGAGCAGUUGUUUGAUUCUCUUGCUUGUGGAUUCCAAUGAUAAUACAAGGCAAGUGGGCAGGCUUAUGCUUGAACAAGUUUCUGAUGUGCGUGGCCUUACCGGUGGUCUGCAAUUUCUUUGCUGCACUCAGUCUUCAUUGUUGGGCAUCCUUUUGGGCUUGAGACAUGCACUAAAAUUGGUUCAGCUGGAUUCAGUUCUGUCGAACUUUUCCACUUUACACCAUCUCUUCUUCAUCCUUUACAAAGUGCUCCGAGAAGGAAAUUCAUCUGUUCUAUCCACAUGCCAAAAUCCAUUGGAUGUCUCUGACCUCUCAAAAACAUCAAUGCAAGGUGGAUUUUUCAGGCAGCCUGUAUUUGAUUGUUCAUCUGCCGAUGGUAAUCAAAACUUUGAGACUGUUACCUUAACGUUGUGGGAGAAGUUUUGCUGCUUGCUGUCACAAGUAGCAUGGCCUUCAAUUCUGAGAUGCUUAGAUGGUGGCAAGACAUUCACAUGUUACACAGUUUCUCAGAUGACAUGCAUCCGUAUUCUUGAAGCCGCACCUGCUGUUUUUGAAAGGCUUCCCCAAAAUUCGGAGAUAUUGAUGGAAACUUUCAAUUACAUGAAGUGGCUGCAUGAUUUGGCUGAUUGGGGGAAAUCAUCACUUGCGGUUGUGACUAGAUAUUGGAAACAAGCAUUGGUUUCUUUGCUUGGUCGCAUUAAAACUUUCUGCAUCAAUAAAUCUCUUUCUGCAAUUAGUGAUAUUGAGAAGCUUAUUUCAUGUGAAAAAAUGUCUAUGGAUGAGGUGACUAAGCAAGUUGCUCGCCUUUCUGUUUCAAUUAUCGAUGAGGGUUCAACUUUGAAGAAAACUGGUUUUGUGUCAUCAUGCUCCUUUUCACGAGAGCCAUCGAAUAGGAGAGCUUGCUCAGUAGAAUCGGAAGUUAUUCUAGUUGAAAAGGAAAAAGCUGAUGAUACAGGAGGCCAUUUGAUAAUUCUUUCUGAUGAUGAGAGAGAGCCUGAGGUUUCUGUCUGUAUGCAGUGCCCUAGCGAUUUAUCAGGGAAAAGUACAGAUGUUAAUGUAGAGACAGGUGAUGCUGGGGAAAAAUUAAAAGCUGACCUGGUAGAGGAUUACGGCACCAAUGAGUGUCUGACAGUCUCCUCUCAGGCAAGUCUUAAUGACCUUGUUUGUAAGGAAAUGAGUUCAGAUACCACUGAUGGCAAUAUAGCAUCUCUAACCUCCACUCAACAAGAGCAUCCAAAAAGCAUGAUAAAGGAAGCAAAGGAUGGUAAAGCGAAAGACAGUAUAAACUUGCCAAAAAGGUCAGGCAGUUCAAAGCAGUUUAUUUCAUCUACAUCUCAAAUGAACAUGUGUAACAGUGCCCCUUCUGAUCAAGGGAUGACUUGUGCGAGUAAUGUUCAGCUGAGUGGGGUUACACAUGUACAAAAUUGUGAUGAAGCUGUAAAAGGUAUGGUCUGUGAUGCUGAUGAUGAUGCUUGGAACUUUUCAUUUUUUAAGCCUCCCAAACGUCUGCAACCACCUAUUCUAAAACCAAACAUUUCUGGGCCUAAACGCCAAAUCAUCCAACUUUCCUUACCGGUGGAACACAGACCUGGUUCUGUGAGACUGGGUGGUGGUGUGAAAAGAUUUCAGCCCCCAAGGCUUGAUAAUUGGUAUCGACCCAUUCUGGAGUUGGAUUUCUUUGGAGCUAUUGGACCAAUUCCUGGAAAUGAUAAAGGCAGUCAAAAUGUUGGCAAAUUGAAGGAAGUCCCUGUGUAUUUCCAAUCGCCUGAUGAAUAUAUUGAAAUUUUCAGGCCAUUGGUGCUCGAAGAAUUCAAAGCACAAAUGCUAAGUUCCUUUCAGGAGAUGUCUUCUGGUGAUGAAAUGUGCUGUGGAAGUAUAUCAGUUCUGUCUGUUGAGAGAAUAGAUGAUUUCCAUCUCAUUCGUUUUGUACAUGAUGAAAAUGAUACAGCUGGAUCCAGUAACCUUUUGGAAAAUGACCUCAUUUUACUUACCAGACAACCCAUGCCAAAUUCUGUCAGUGAUGUUCACACUAUUGGAAAGGUUGAGAGGCGUGAAAAAGACAAUAAUAGAAGAUCAAAUAUCUUAACCAUCAGAUUGUAUCUUCAAGGUUCUUCUCGUCUAAAUCGAGUUAGAAAGCUUCUCACUGAGCGAAGCAAGUGGUAUAUUAGUCGCAUUAUGAACAUAACCCCUCAACUUCGAGAAUUCCAGGCAUUGUCAUCAAUAAGGGAAAUUCCCUUACUUCCAGUCAUUUUAAACCCUGUGAAUAAUCCUUGUGGUCAAUACAAAUCCAGAACAGAAAAGCUUAGUAAGCUACCACAACCCCUGCAGCAGAUUUUCAGUUCAUCCUAUAAUGGCUGUCAGCUGCAGGCUAUUAGUUUAGCUAUUGGUCCAUUUGGAUUGAAAGAUUUUGAAUUGACUCUAAUACAGGGUCCUCCAGGAACUGGAAAGACUCGAACCAUUGUGGCCAUUAUUCGUGGUUUGCUUGCUUUCUCUCAAAUCAAAGAUAUGAAAAAUGUAAGGGCUGGUCAACCAGUUUGUAGCAAUGUAUCUAGCAGUAACCAAAAAAUCAGUCAAUCUGCUGCAAUUGCAAGAGCCUGGCAAGAUGCAGCAUUGGCUAGACAACUUAACGAGGAUGUAAAAGAUUAUGACAAAUCUGCAGCUGGCUGCACUAGACGCCGGAUUCUUAUUUGUUCUCAGUCUAAUGCUGCAGUUGAUGAGCUAGUUGCAAGGAUAUCAAGUGAAGAUUUUUUUGAUUGUUAUGGAGAGAUGUACAAACCGUAUCUUGUGAGAGUUGGUAAUGUUAAGACAGUGCAUCCAAAAUCUCUUCCUUUCUUCAUUGAUAAACUAGUUGAAAACCGAAUAGGAGAGGAGAAGGGGUCUGUAUUUGAUGAGAAAAUGAGUGGGAGUUGUUCAGACUCUUUAACUGUACUACGUGCUGAUCUGGAGAAAUUAGUGGAUCGCAUAAGAUACUAUGAAGCCAAGCGCUCUAGCUUGCAAGAAAGAAAUUCUGAUUCUAAAGUAACCGUGGAAAGAGACCAUGGAGAAGCCAAGGAAUUGUCUGAUGUUGAAUUACAAGAAAAACUCAGGAAAUUAUAUGAAGAGAAAAAGGCCCUAUAUUCAAAUCUGGUCAAUGUUCAGGCGAGAGAAAAGAAAAUUAAUGGGGAAAUAAGAGCCCUAAGACAUAAAUUCCGAAUGAGUAUUUUAAAGGAGGCUGAAAUUGUGGUGACUACAUUAAGUGGCUGUGGUGGUGAUCUAUUUUCGGUGUGCUCUGGAUUGACAUCAGGCCAUAAAUUUGUUAAUUCAUCUGAAAAUACACUAUUUGAUGCUGUUUUGAUUGAUGAGGCUGCUCAAGCACUGGAACCUGCCACCUUGAUUCCACUUCAGCUACUAAAAUCGAAGGGUACCAAAUGUAUCAUGGUUGGUGAUCCAAAGCAGCUUCCUGCCACAGUUCUCUCUAAUGUUGCCAGCAAAUACUUAUUCCAAUGUAGCAUGUUUGAACGAUUUCAGAGGGCGGGCCAUCCUAUAGUCAUGCUUACUCAACAGUACAGAAUGCAUCCUGAGAUAUGCCGUUUUCCUUCUUCACAUUUCUAUGAGGGCAAGUUACUGAAUGGGGAUAAGAUGUCUAGCAAAGAUGCCCCUUUCCAUGAGAUUCAGUGCCUUGGGCCAUAUGUGUUUUUUGAUAUCACUGAUGGGGAGGAGAUUCGUGGCAAGAGUACAGCAUCUGUAUCCUUGUACAAUCAUUGUGAGGCUGAUGCUGCAGUCGAAGUGCUUAGGUUUUUUAAAAAGAGCUACAAUGCUGAAUUUUUUGGUGGAAGAAUUGGCAUCAUAACUCCUUACAAGCGUCAGAUGUCACUUCUGCAUUCCCGGUUUUCCAAUGCAUUUGGAUCUUCUAUCAGCUCUCAGAUGGAGUUUAAUACAGUUGAUGGUUUUCAAGGUCGAGAAGUUGAUAUUCUGCUACUUUCAACAGUUAGAGCAACUGGAUCCUGUUCCGAAGCCCCCAGAAGUAGCUCUAGCUCUAUUGGAUUUGUUGCUGAUGUCAGACGGAUGAAUGUUGCUCUGACUAGGGCGAAACUCUCUCUAUGGAUUUUUGGUAAUGCAAGAACCCUACAGACAAACCAGAGCUGGGCUGCCCUUAUAGAUGAUGCAAAACGCAGGAGUCUGAUUGUCUCAGCCCGAAAGCCGUAUAAUUCAAUAUGUAAGUACAGUUUGGUUAACAAAAGUUCCGGAAAUCCCUCUAAUGUACAGUUGGGGAUAGGUGAAAACGUCACAGCUGGAAAUGACUGUGUGAAUGUACCCAAGGGCAGCAGGAAGCAUCCUUCUGAAAGGAAGAGAAAAUUAAAUGCUGAUACGGUGCUGGAAAGUGCCCAAAAGGGUGAGGGUGCCGCCACUCCUUCAGUGGAAGAUGGCAGAGGAAGAGGCCCAAAGGGAAGGAACUUUCGAGGGGCUAAAGAUGAUUCUCCAGUUGCAAUGUCAGAUGGUUGCAAUAAGGAAUUAAAUGGUGGGAAGUUAAAGCUGGGAGGAGAUCAAGUGAAGACUGAAAAUCGCAUUAGCAGCAGGGCUAGUAAUGUUCAAGGUAAUGCAGCAAACGCUGAUGUGGAAAAGGGACCAACUAAUGAUGUAAGAAGGAAUGCAGCUAAUACUGGAAAGAUGAAGAAUAGAAGUAAGAAAUCCCCGAUAUCUGAAACCAUUAAGAAUAAGCAACUGGAGCAGAGUGGCAAUGUAUCCUCUUCUGAAAGAAGCUUGAAGGAGAAAGGUGAACCUGGAGAUUCUAGUAAAGUCGGUAUGCUUAAUGAUGCAAUCAUGAAAAGAAAACAGCUGAGGGAAGAGGUUGAUACUCUACUGUCAUCAUCUCUGAUAUCUUCAAAGAAGCCAAACCAAUCAACGAAGUCAGUAAAGAAGCUUCACUCGACUUCAGAUUCGAGUGGCCAUUUCAAAGCCCGGAGACGAAGCAACGGUGACACGGCAUGCAAUGGGUUCACUUAACGCCAAUCGGCUCAUAAUAUGGAUUAUUAAUAAUACCAUUAUACCAAAAAGGAAUAGAACAAGUAUUUGUGCCGUAGUUCAAACGAGUGAGGUAAAAUGUCUAAAGGAAAGAAGUGGUCUGAUUAUUGCUUGAUGUUUACCGAAAGUGCAGUAAAAGCAUAGAAUGGAUAGCUAGUCUACCAUUCUCAGAUUCUGCUACUUAUGUCCUGUCUAGCGUGGUUUUGUUUAGACAUGCAUGUAAAAAAUAUUUAUGAGCACAAUAUGUACAAUAGAUGAAUCAUGUUUGAUUGCUUAA